UAUGGCAUCAAUGUCAUUGUGGAUCAUCACUGGCUAGUGAAGAUGUGUCACCAUGGAUCAUCACUGGCUAGUGAAAAUGUGUCACCGUGGAUCAUCACUGGUUAGUGAAGAUGUGUUGCUGUGGAGCAUCACUGACUAGUGAAGAUGUGUUGCUGUGGAGCAUCACUGGCUAGUGAAGAUGUGUUGCUGUGGAUCAUCACUGGCUAGUGAAGAUGUUUCGCUGUGGAGCAUCACUGGCUAGUGAAGAUGUUUCACUGUGGAGCAUCACUGACUAGUGAAGAUGGUAGUUUGGGGGCAUCUUACAGAUCCAAACCACAGUUAGAUUACAAGCAGACUUGCACAUAAUAAAAAUUCUGAAUUCUCUAGUCAGGUGCUCUACCAACUGAGCUAUGUGGACACUGGCGAUCGAACCCGGCUGACCGCUACAGCACACUGUUUCGCCCAAGACCUUUUCGGGUGAUUUAUUACAUGCAAGGUAACUAAUGAGGAGAAAUCUUCUCAUUUGCUACAGUCUGUCAAAAUCGAAAAAUGAAUAAAAUCAUCCUUAUGAAAAUCCCAAAGUUACUGUCCCUACUAAGUGAGAUGAAAACAUUUAUUAAUAACAAUAUAUUAAACACCAACAUUUUUUUCAGUUAUAAGUCUGCCUUGAUUUAAAAACUGAUCAGAACAUGCUCUUGCGCAUUGAAUCAGUUGAAACAUAAACACCAUAUACAGGUACAUGUAAUAAUGGAAUAUCUAGUGCUAUGCAUAAAUAUGGGAAUGUGAUGAUCAUCCUGUUUGUCAUUGUAGAGCUAGUCUGUGGUCAAUGAAAGCAGAUGGUGAGAUAUGAUCAAAUUCAUUAUUGCUAUUUUCAAGCACGUUUUAAUGAUGAGAUAGUUUUAAAUACGAUUAAGAUAAUUCUCAUUUGACUGACUUUUCCGGUGGUUUCUAUUGCGUAAUGAUUUAACAGAGCCAUGCUGUUACGGAAAUGACCGAAUAGUUACGAGUCAUUGGGAUAAGAACUACCACACAUGUACCUCCGAGUCUUUUUGGUCGAAUGAAAACGUCACAUAGAGACACAAGCGCCGGGUGGGCGGUAAAUCUAGUACUCCCGACUCCCGAAUGUCCCGGAUUGCGAUGUUUUAUAGAUGCCAGGUGAAGAUAACGAACAGUGAUCAAUCUCAUAACUCCUACAAGCAAUACAAAAUAGAUAGUUGGGCAAACACGGACCCCUGGACACACCAGAGGUGGUAUCAGGUGCCUAGGAGGAGUAAGCAUCCCCUGUUGACCGGUCACACCCGCCGUGAGCCCUAUAUCCUGAUCAGGUAAACGGAGUUAUCCGCAGUCAAAAUCAGUGUGCCAAGAACGGCUUAACAAUUGCUAUGAAACACGUCAGACAGCAUUUGACCCAAUGCGAGGUUGUAUUGACGAACUAGAUCGUUAUAACGACCAUAGAAUUUGCGAAAUGCUGACUUCAAUCGAGACUGUUGAAAUCCCUGUACCAUCAACUUGUUUGUCAGUAGCUUACCUCGAUUUAAAAACUGACUAUACCCAGAACAAGCUCUUGCAUAUCGAAUCAGUUGAGAUAUAUGAACACCAUAUGCAGGUGAUAAUGGAAUAUUGCUACACAAAUAUGGGAAGUUAACGAUGGAGAAGCUGAAAGAAUUACUUCAUGCUUCUCGGGGACACUCUUUAUGUCCAAAUUGAUUCACACAAUUAAAAAAAUCAAUAAUAAUAAGUAUUAAUUCUUAAACUUGAAAUGUCGCAUACUCAAAAGCGGUAAAUCUAGUACUGUGUUGUAAAUACAAAAACCGAAAAUAGACACUUUUCAUUCAAUGCAUGAUUUAUAAAGAUACUUUUAAAAAAUAAUUUUAAAAAAAAACGAUGUUGAAUGCAAGGUGAAGAUAACGAACAGUGAUCAAUCUCAUAACUCCUAUAAGCAAUACAAAGCAGAUAGUUGGGCAAACACGGACCCCUGGACACACCAGAUAUGGGAACAGGUGCCUAAGAGGAGUAAGCAUCUCCUGUUGACCGGUCACACCCGCCGUGAGCCCUAUAUCCUGAUCAGGUAAACGGAGUUAUCCGCAGUCAAAAUCAGUGUGCCAAGAACGGCUUAACAAUUGCUAUGAAACACGUCAGACAGCAUUUGACCCAAUGCGAGGUUGUAUUGACGAACUAGAUCGUUAUAACGACCAUAGAAUUUGCGAAAUGCUGACUUCAAUCGAGACUGUUGAAGUCCCUGUACCAUCAACUUGUUUGUCAGUAGCUUACCUCGAUUUAAAAACUGACUAUACCCAGAACAAGCUCUUGCAUAUCGAAUCAGUUGAGAUAUAUGAACACCAUAUGCAGGUGAUAAUGGAAUAUUGCUACACAAAUAUGGGAAGUUGACGAUGGAGAAGCUGAAAUCAUCCCGUUUGUCAUACAGUUGAGUUGUCAGUUUGCCGUUAAUGUCUACUCUCAAUAAAAUAUCUAAGUAUGAAGCAGAAGUUGACGACUCUGUGGUGUCCUUUAUUUCGAGCUCACAGGGAUAUAUCAAAUCGACAUAUGAAUGAAAGCUAUCAUUGUUAAUAAACGUCAUGUAUAGUGUUGAAAAGUCAUAGGUUUUAAUGUUAUUGAUUUUGGAAUAAUUCUGCGAUUUCAAGUUUACUAAAAGUUCUUAAGAAUUUUUUUAGAAUCCACAUUUGAUUAACACCACUUCUGGCAUAUGUAGUCGCAUAGUAAGUUUGAAGUUUCUCCUUCACAGCUGUUAACAUUUUCGUGAGGAGCAAAGAUAGGGGCUUGGUAGAGUAUUUAAUGGAUCCAGCAAUGUAUCUUUCUUUGUAAGGGUUUUUAUUUCGUUUAGGAAUCCAGUAUAGGUACGGUAACUCAUAUUCAUUCGACCCAUUGACUGGAAUAUUAAAUGUGUCUAAAACUGAAGCAUGGUUUUGAAGAAUUCCAUCUUUUGAAAGGGCAGUUGGAGUGUAAGUAUGAUUACCAAAAGUGGAAUUAAUGCCAAGUUCGUUUAAAAUACAGUUGUAAUAAUGAGCCUUACAAACAAAGACAAUGUUACUAGCUUUGUCAGCUGGAACCAAAACAUAUUCCUCAUGUAACCUAUCUAAUUCUUUUAUCACUUCUGGUUUACUAAACACAGAAGGAUAGAUGGUACGUACUUUUGUUUUCGUGUGUCUAAUGCGGGAUUUUAAUAUCCCUCUUAUGCUUUUAACCCAUUCUGACAAUGUAUCAAGUUCUUCUUUUUCAUAUUUAGCCCAUCGUCUGGCGUAAUCUUCGACAGAACUCUAUUAUAAUAGAGAUGAAGUUUUAUCGCCAAUUAAAAGACCGAGGUUCUCUGUAUUUAGGACCUUUAAGAAUAAGUAAUUUUUGGUCCUCAUUUUCAACUAUAUCAACAUCACCAGUAAUGACAUGUCCAGCUGGACUAUAGUCGAAAGAAGAUGAAGAACAAGAACAUGUUGGUGGAUUACGUAUAAGAUGGUCUAUAUCUAAGCACUGCAAAGUUUGUUUAUAAUUAAAAAGUUUGGAUGCAAUAGUAGAAGUAUAGCUGUAGGAAAUGCAGGGUGUAGACUUGAACUUGAAAUAAGUUGGAAUACACGACUGAACCAUUUUAUGACGAAGAAUGUUGCUUAUGUUGACAUCAUCUAUUCCUUUGUUUGUAAAUUUAAGCUUAAGGAACUGGCGGCAUGAUUUGGAAGGAAUAUCAUCCAUAGUCCGUGCUGGUUUUUUCAGCCUGUGAAAUGGAGAGCAGUAUCCCAGUCAAUCUAGAAGAAUUGCAAAAGAAGUUUUUAGAGUGCAGUGUUUGUUUUGAGAUAUUCAAUGAAGAAGAUCAUCACCCUCGACUACUUCCGUGUUUGCAUACCUAUUGUUACAAAUGCCUGCAAAGGUUGCAAUCCGGAAGAGAGGUCACGUGCCCACAGUGUAAAUCAAAACAUGUGCUUGAAGAAAUGGGACUGGACACUUUUCCCAAAGACAACACUCGAAGAGACCUCUUGGACUUUGUCAAAGCUUCGUCAGAUCAGAAAGCCUUGGUGUGUAGUAUGUGUGUUGAGAGUUCAACAGCAACCCAUCGCUGCAAACAGUGUGAAGGUUUCAUUUGCAUGGAAUGUGUGCAAAUCCACGGAAAAGUUGUUGGAAUGAAGUCACACGAAUUGAUUGCUUUGCAAGAUCUCUCGGACAUUUCACUAGAACAGUUGUAUAACUUUUCUCACCAGAGUUAUUGUAAGGAGAAGAACCAUGAAAAUAAAGUUCUGGAGAUGUACUGCUCCUCUCCUUCUUGCGAGAAACCGGUGUGCUCACUCUGUGCAUUUACAUCUCAUUCUGGUCAUAAGAUAUCCACGAUACCCGAAAUUUACGAGGCCGAGUGUACCAAACUGUCCGAGGCAUCUUCAAAAGUAAAAGAUAAAGUGUCAGAAAUAGAUCGCGUAAUGGAACUUGUCCAACAAGAAUCGGAUGAUCUUCCAGUAAAGGCAGAAGAACAAAAGGAAACCAUUCGUGCAAUCUUUUCAAAUGCGAAAGAAAUAUUACAGCGUAAAAAGCAAGAUUUGGGUCGCGAAAUAGAUGUGACGGAGUCGGACAAAUUAAACAUACUGGAGACACAAUGUUCGGAAUUAACAAAACUGAAGGAUUCUUGUGUCCAGGCUUGUGAUUUUCUGAAACAUUCUCUCAGGUUUAAUAACGAGGCAGCAUUUUUAGAGGUAUGGCCCACUAUUGAAACUCGAAUGAAAGAUCUAAAAUCGAGAACAUUUGAAACGAAACCACGUACCCAAGCUAAAACUUUCAGAGUAUCAAACACGCAAAACCUGCAAGAAUUUCAAAACAUAACGAACAAAUUAGGAAUAAUUCUUAAUAGCGAGGCCUACCUACCUAACUGUAAAGUCGAUGUAGUUUCAAGUUGUACGACAGGAGAAGAGAUAUGUUUUCUAGUGGAAAUCAAAACUGUCGACGAAAGUUUGAUAGAAGGUGAAAAUGUCCAAGUAGUUAUUUUGAAAGAUGCAGUAGAGCAAACUAGAGUGGAGUGUGUCGUUGCUGAUGGGACUAUAUAUUCUGGAAAAUGGAGAACGGAGAAUGCAGGGGAAUACACGUGGUACAUAACCAGUAAUGGGAUGAAAAUGGAAUUCGCAAACAAUAGCAUCAUAGUGAAAGACAAUGAAAGUGGGAUUCCCAAACCAUAGCAUCAAAGUGGAAGACAAUGAAAAUGAAGGAUGAUACAAAAAGGAACAUCGAUAUUGGUUGAUUGACAAGAUUGCGUAUGAAAAGCAUAUUAUAACAGUGUAUGUUCAGAAACAGAUAUCUGUUUAAAUAUUUUGUUGAAACUUAAGAAAGAGGGAGGAAGCAAGGGUUACAUACGAAUGAAAAAGUUAAGAUAAUGUAUAGGAAAUAAGGUGAUAAAUCUCAUAAAUCAUAUAAACAAUACAAUGUUAAUAGCAAACCAGAGGUGGGAUUAUGUGUCUAGGAGGAGUAAGCAUCCCCUGUUGACAAGGUGAAGAUAACGAACAGUGAUUAAUCUCAUAACUCCUAUAAGCAAUACAAAAUAGAUAGUUGGGCAAACACGGACCCCUGGACACACCAGAUGUGGAAUCAGGUGCCUAGGAGGAGUAAGCAUCCCCUGUUGACUGGACACACCCACCGUGAGCCCUAUAUCUUGGUCAAGUAAACGGAGUAAAUUAUCCGUAGUCAAAAUCAGUGUGUAAAGAGCGACCUAACAAUUGGCAUGAAACCCGUCAGACAGUAUUCAACCUAAUGUCAGGCCGUAUUUGUAAAUUAGAUCGUUAUAACGACCAUAUAAUUAGCAAGAUUGUGACUAUAAACGAGAUUGUUCAAACUCCUGUACACGUAACAUUAACUUCUUUGCCUGCCUCCAUUUACAACCUGAUCAUACGAAAAACAUGCUCUUGCAUAUCGAAUUAGUUGAGAGACAUAAACAUCAUAUGCAGGUUACAAUGGAAUAUUGCUACAUGUACAUAGAUAUGGGAUACUGACAGCUUUUUAAUGGAGAAGCUAUUCAAAUUCAUCCCGUUUGUCAAAACAUUGCGUUGUUAGUUUGCCGCUGCCAUAUCUGUUCAAUAAAAUAUCGAAGUAUGAAGCAGAAGUGGAAGACUACUAGUAUGGUGUCUUAUUUCGAGUUCACUGGGAUAUACCAAAUUGAUACAUGUAUAUGAAUGAUAAUGAAUAUUGUUAUUGGAUAAAAAGUAGCUGAUAUAUCUAUAUGUCGAUUUGAAGAGAUUUAAUUUAUCUUUUCAUGUUGAAGCUUUUGAAUAAAUUCUGCCUCGUAAGAUUAUAAAAAGGGACUUAUAGGUCUAAUCGUCUGGUGUUUAAUUGAAUAUGUUGUAUACAAAUGAAAUGUAUCAUGAUUGUUGUACACAAGUCACUAUAGUAAAAAAUACUUUACUUACCGAG